GCAGCCAGGAGGAGGAGGAGGAGGAGCCGCCGCCGCCGCCGCCGCCGUCGGGGAGGCGAGCUGCCCCAGGAGGGCCGGAGGAGGAGAGCGCAGCAGCUCCUCACGCAUGGAGACGCCGCCGCCGCCGCCGCCGCCGCUGAGGGCCCGGCUCGCCGGCGGGGCAGCGGCUGCGGGGGACGGCCGGGCUCUGCUACCCUUCGCCCCGCCGCCGCCGCCGCUGCUGCUGCUGCUGCUGCUGCUCUCCUCGGGCGGCGGGGCUACGCAGGAGCUGAGUCCGCGCGGGAGGAACGUCUGUCCGGCGCCGGGGUCCUCUGGAUUUGUUUGCUGCCCAGGAUGGAGACAGCAAGAGGAGGAGUGCCCCAUAGCCGUCUGCGAGGGCAACUUCACCUGUACCAACAACGAGGUGUGUGUGAGGCCCAACGAGUGUCGCUGUCGCCAUGGCUAUUUUGGGGCCAACUGCGAAACCAAGUGUCCCCGCCUCUUUUGGGGCCCGGAUUGCAAAGAGCUGUGCAAUUGCUAUCCCAACGGGCAGUGUGAGGACGUGACGGGCCAAUGCACAUGUAAUGCCAACCGCUGGGGCCCACGGUGUGAGAACGUCUGCCCUUGCAAACACGGCAAGUGUGACCAGAAGACGGGCAAGUGCUCCUGCGAGCCGAACUGGUGGGGCCCCCAGUGUGCCAGCGCCUGCUACUGCAGCCUCAACUCACAGUGCGACCAGAAGACCGGCCUCUGCCUCUGCCAGCCGGGCUGGUGGGGCCGCACCUGCAACAACCAGUGUGCCUGCAGCAACUCACCCUGCGAGCAGUUCACGGGGCGUUGCCAGUGCCGCAGCCGCACCUUUGGCCCCCGCUGCGACCGCUACUGCCAGUGUCAUAUGGGGAAGUGCAACCAGGUAGAUGGGACCUGCACCUGCGAGCCAGGCUACCGGGGCAAGUUCUGCCGCGAGGCCUGUCCGGCCGGCUUCUAUGGACAAGGCUGUAGGCGACGGUGCGGUCAGUGCAAAGAGCUGCAGCCGUGUACAAUUGUGGAUGGCCGUUGCCUGGCCUGUGAAGCUGGUUGGAAUGGCACCAAAUGUGACCAGAUCUGCUCUUCGGGCUUUUACGGGGAGGGUUGUGAGCAGAUCUGCCCCCCCUGUAAGGAUGGCCACACCUGCAACCAUAUCAACGGGAAGUGUUCUCACUGCAACCCAGGCUGGAUUGGAGACAGGUGCGAGACCAAAUGCCGCAACGGGACUUACGGCGAGAACUGUGCCUUCGUCUGCAGCAGCUGUUUUAACGGGGAGUGCCACUUUGAGACCGGGAGGUGCCUCUGCCAAGCCGGGUUCCACGGCACGUUCUGCAACCUGACCUGCCCAACUGGCCACUACGGUGCAAACUGUGCUGAGCUGUGCAACUGCCACAAGGACUCCUGCAACCCCUUCACCGGCCUGUGCCACAUGGAGGCGAACCAGCGGAUGGGAGUCAUUGGCGCCGGAGUCCUCCUGAUCUUCCUGCUUUGCCUCCUCUCGUUGUUGUCCUGCUGUUGCAUUUGCCGCAAGAAGGAUCAGGCCCGGGACAUUCGCCAGGACUUGGCUCGCAAAAAAUCUUCAAGGCGCCUCUGUGGACAGUUCAGCCAAAUCAGUUUGAAGCUCCCCCGGAUCCCCCUUCGCCGUCAGAAGUUGCCAAAAGUUGUAGUGGCUCAUCAUGACUUGGAGAACACCCUGAACUGCAGCUUCAUUGAACCUCCUUCUGUGGUCGAUCAGCCAUCACCCUCUUGGUCAUCCAGGGGCUCCUUCUCUUCCUUCGACACCACGGACGAAGGACCCGUCUACUGCGUGCCCCACGAAGAGAGCGACCACAAGGAGCGCGCCUCGGCCCCGAGCAGCACCCUGGAGAAGGCCCCGCAGCCGCUGCGCAAGGGCCCGGCGGUGGCGGCCGCGGCGGCGGCGGCGGCGGCGGCGGAGGAGGCGGGCGAGUACACCGUCCUGAAGGAGAGCCCCCCGGGCCCGGCAGACGGCGGCGAGGCGCCCCUGCUCAAGUCCUCGGACAGCGAGCGCUCUUCCUGCGGCUCCGGCUCGGUCAGCGGCGCGCUCUACGCCCGCAUCGCGCGCCUCUCCAAGCAGUCCCGGGAGGAGGAGGAGGAGGCGGCCCCGGCGGCCAAGCCCCCGUCCCCGGAGCGGGCCAAGCCGCCCCCGCCGGACCCCUCCACCAAGCCCAAAGUCUCCUGGAUCCACCACAAGUACAACGCGGCCCAGAGCAACUCCCUGCCGGCCGCGGGCGAGCUGCAAGCGGAGCGCCGGCCCGGCCCCUCCAAGCGCAAGAGGAGCCCCGGCGAGGCGGCGAGGGCCAAGGAGAGGGCCCCCAAGCCCCCGCAGGAGCCCGGCAGCCCCGAGGGCCCGCCCUGCCCCGCUCAGGCCAGGCAGCGGAGCCGGACCGGGCCGGAGCCCGCGGAGAACCUCAACGGCGCCCUGCACGCCGCGGUCAAGAGGAUGGGGGGCCCGGCGGCGGAGAGGCGGCCGGCCGAGGCGCCCCGGAGCCCCGCGCAGCCCAAAGCGCCGCCCGGCUUCUCCGAAGCCGCCACGCUGCUGGCCGCGCAGCUGAAGGAAAAGACCCAGAGCCUCCAGCGGGGCGAGGCGGGGGCGCGGCCCAACGGCAUGAGCCCCCUCCCGGCCCAGCGGGAGAAGCCGGCGCCCCCGCAGAAGGGCAAGCAGGCGGGCGCCGCCCCCGCCGGGCAGAAGGCCGGCAAGCCCCUGCUGCCCACCUCCGCCCCGCUGCAGAAACUGCUGGGGCCCGACGCCGCCGCCGACGAGCCCAAGAGCGGGGAGAAGCAGACCGCAGCGGGCGGCGGCCCCGAGCCGACCCCGGCGCCCGCAGAGCCCGCGCCCAAGAAAACGCCCAUCAAGAAGCCGCCGCGCAAGAAGGGCCGGGAGGGGCCCGCCGAGCCGCCCAAGGGAGCCGCCCCCCCGCCGCAGACUGUGCAAUAGGGGAGGGGGAGGCCGGGCCUGUCCCGGGGCCGGCGGAGACCCCGCCCCACGGAGAUCCACGGCCUCUCUUUGGAUGGCCGCCCCCCGGGACGGGUCGCGAGGCUUUGGGGGACCCAGCGCUGGCGCUGGGCUCUGGCGGGGGGGCAGGAGGGGGCUUUCUUUAAACCGCCGUUGUAAGUG